AUGAGCCUCCGACGCCCUCCGCGACUGAACGAAUCGGGAGACGGCGAACAUGCCCCUGCUUUGCAAGUUGCAGAGGGGGAAACCGAUGAUUUCACUUCGCUGCUGGCUCGCACCGAGCGCCGGGCCUCCUCCGCUGUCAAAGUCGUCAAGAAGAAAGGCUGCCUCACUGAAACCGAAGCCGACCCUGCCUACCUUCCCUUUACGACCGACUUUGGUCCUAAUACCCUGGUUGAAUAUUUGCGGGCAGAGGUGGACAAGCUGAGGCGUGAACGCGACGCCAAAGCGGCCAAAGGGAAAGGGAAAGGGAAACAGAAGGAGACGCUCGAACACAAGACAUCUGGCCUGCUUCAUCCCAGCAGUGCUCCGUCAACGACGCAUGGUCUCUUCUCACCAUCUGCUGCUCCAGAGCUCACUGAGCGAGUCAACGGUCUCCCUCCUGCUGGGGCGUUGGCAACUCGACGAUCGCAGCGCCUGGCUCGCAAAGGCUCUCUCAGCCAGGUGAACCAAGUUGCAAGUGAUCAGAAAAAGCCUACGCUCUUUCAGCAAGCACAACCAAUCCCAUUCCUGUCAGACCUACCUCAGCAAAACUCCCAUUUAGAAGAUGCCGCCACUUCGUUACCAAGCGGCGCGAGUCACUCUAGGGCAACCACAUUCGAAGAGCACACCAAAAGCAAGAGAAUGGCUGUCAGAAACACGGCUCACGAAGAUUCUAUUAGCCCCUUGCGUGCAAGGCUGCGUCAGAGAAGACACUCCAAGGCCCUCUCACUUUCAGGCUCAUCAGCUGUAAUGAGUACUGACAUCUCAGCAUCUCGUGCGGAGGCUCAUCAUCCUGGCACCCUCAAACACGAGGGAACUCCAGCGUCUCAUUCAAUUUCCCAGUCCGAGAACGAACCUACCUUGUCCGUAGACUGUCUUCCCUCUUCGCGUGCGCAAGAGCCCACGGGCAACAAGGUUCUUCAAGCAUCAUCUCACAAUUCUGUUCAUUGUGUCCGGGACCGCCAGGCUUCAUUGAAGGGGCCCCCUCCGACUAACGACGUCGUACAAUCUGGGUCGGAGGACCAAUCUUCACCACUCGUUUCUUUCAAAUAUUCGAGCCUUAUUCCCGAAACCAUACCACCAAGCGAAAAGAAGCAGUUUAUGCACCAGGUGAAGCAUGCGAAGCGAAACAGUUCGGCUGGAAACGAUUGGGUCGGGAACAGUCCGGCUGAACCACAAGAACGAACGCGUUUAAGCCAUGCCGAAAGGACUCCUCUUUACGCGGCUAUGGCUGCCAGGAGGGGAUCACGGCUUGCGUUCACCAUUGACGAUAUCCUUCACCCGGCCGAGAGUCUGGAGGACGUUCCUGAUCCAGUCCCCGAAAAACAAUAUCCCCGCCUCUGGAAACCCUCGAUACCUCCUAGCCUGUCUCCGAUAUCAACAAGUUCGACUAGAGCACGCUCGUUUAAAGCCGUCAAAUCCCUCAAGCCAGAAUCCAGCGUCCUACAAAAGAUUGAUGCCGAUCUGUGGACAGAAGUUACCAGCUAUCUCUCCACGCAAGAUGUGAGAAAUCUCCGACUGGUCAGCAAGUCUCUCGCACGAGUCAUAGCUCCAAUUCAGUUCAGGAAUGUUGUGGUCAACUUUGAUAGACACUUCUUCGACGCAGGCAGCAGCGACUGGAAUAGCAGAUUGGGGCUCCUCCCAUCUGACUCGAUGUUCAAGAAGUAUGGCGUGAAUAUGAACAAAUUUGGCGUGUCAUUCGAGUACGAUCUGCAAGGCUUGUCACGUGCUAAGACGAAAACCAUUGAAAAGGAACAAGUCGCAUGGUUCGGCAAGUUCACAUGGCCUACUGAACAGUAUCCACGCUUUCCAGAACUGCAGGCAAUUGAGGACCUGGUCGACCAUAACCGCCCAUUGCUCAAAGAAGCGCUUAGCCACAUAACUAAGGCCUCAGAACUUGGAUUAUGUAUCGACAGCGGCCACGGCUGGCUUGAAGGUCCUGACAUCUCCGAUAUGGCCCUUUUCGACCGACGAACGACGAAGGGGUCCAAAGUUUUUGGGAAGACGUUCCCGACCGAAGACGUUUGGGUUACAUUUGCUCGUAAUGAAUAUUUUAGAUGGGCUCAACAGAGUACUAUCAAUGGAACCAUCAAGGCACUCAUGGCGAAACAGCCUCCCCCAGAGAUCGCUGCUAGAGAAAUUCGCUUCUUGGAAGGACUCAAAAUCCGAGACAUUGAGAGUUUCCGACGUCAGGACGAGCAAUUCGAUUACGACCCCGAAUGCCAUGUAGGAGGAAGCCCAGUUCCUGGAGUGGAAGCCCUGAUGGAUGCAAAUGGCGAUAUCCCCAAUUUUUCGCGGGCCCUUCAGGUUGCGAUUCAGCGGCAACUGUUGGCACAUGCGCGGAAAGGAGGAAGAAAACUACCUCAGUGGCCAUUAAUUUUCAGUGGCCACAAUCUUGCUGCUGAGCAUGGUGGUCACUGUACGUUUAUCCAAAGCAAAAUGGCUAACCCGGGUGCAUCUCCACUUCUGCCAGGCAUGCUGACGGAGCCGCAAGCGCAAUGGUUAAUGGAGACUGUAUGGGCGCAGCGUGCUUUCCUGUCAGCCUAUACGACGGCGAUUAUCACACAAAAGCAGAACUUCAAGUCGAUACAUACCCUGCGGAUCAGCAAACUGUCGUCUGGACUCCUUCCAUCAUUAGAACUGGAAGAGUUCUGGAAGAGCUUGCCUGGACUAACGACGUUGGAGGUCCUUAUCAGCCCCGACUGGCGCCAGGAGCACGUGACGGGGGAUCGACUAUUUGCAAGGCACAUGGCGAUCUUGCCAUCUAAAGCUGCCGAGAAGUUCACCGAAUUCCUGAGGAGAUACAUUGUCAAGAUGGAGAGUCUACACAGCCUGACUAUUGGUUACACCGGGGGUGGAGAACAUGCUGUUGGCAUGUUUGCCCGUAAUAAGCACGUCUUGCCUGCGCCGAUUGUCGACAAUCCCGGAGAUUGGCUGUUUGACAAUGCUAGUAAAAAGCAAGGCGUCCUGAUUACAAAAUUCGACCACGUGCGAGAGCUCAAAUUUCAAAACUGUUGGUUCACACCAUCGAUGCUUCGGGGAUUCAUGAAGGACAGCCGAGACACAAGCCUCCAUUGCUUGAGCCUCGAUUCGGUCAGCAUGACCGCGCAUCAUGAUGAAGACUGGGCUCAAGAGAUUUUGCCCACCGGUGCUUCCUGGGUCCAAGUCCUUGAUGCCAUUACGCCGGGAAAGACACUGCUUGCACACAAGUAUGACGCGGGCCUUGUUGACAGAAAAGUUCACCCGAUGCCUCAGGCAACAUUCCGUGGACACAUCCAACAAAUCAUUCUUAACAGCUGUGGCUACGUGAAGAUCUCGGUUCCAAAGAGACACGCGGCGGACUUUAAUCAAAACGCGGCUGUUGUCCGCGCCGAGCCGAGCAUGGACGAUGCUCUGUACGUUCGCAAGGCACGAUUUGUCCCGCCACUACUAUUCGAAUUUGAUCCUGAAAAGGGCUUUCGGAUGAGGGCAAACUCGGAUAUCACGGACGCGGAUGAGAUCAUGAUUGAGGAGACCUCGGUAAGCGGCGAGCAAUACCCUUGGCUGGGAACAUUGACUCAGUGCAUCCAUCCGAUCGAAAAGCGGGUCCUCGAGGAGGCGUGGCAGAUGACGUUUGGCUGGCCCAACAACCUUGAGCGAUGGGCCGCUGUCGAAGAUGGACAGAGUGAAGGCGGUACAGGACGAUUCAGCGGUGUGAUCAGGAAGACUGAGCAAAUGAUGGACGAGUACUGA